AUGCAUGAGCUGGUCAGGGCGUUCUCCAGCCGCACACAGAGAGCCAAGGAGAGGAUCUCACAACCGCCGACCCCGUCCUCGGAAUCUGACUGUGACACCAAAUCAGGAGGGGAUGAACCUCCGCCACCAAGGAAGGUCCGACUGGGAUCUUUCAUGCCGACGGGAUCCAGAGCGAGCGACGCCUUCGAUGAAAACCACGACCACUUGGUUGGCGUGUGGCAUUGCAAGUUCAGGACACCCAAGUUCAUCAAAAGGCUGUCAUUUCCAGAAACAAUGGAACCCCAUAACAAAAUAUAUGUGACCUGGCUAUUUUUGGUAAGUUUGGCAUUCCUGUAUAACGCCGUGGUGAUUCCCCUGCGUGGGGUUUUCCCAUAUCAGACGUCCGAGAACCUCCGCUAUUGGCUAAUUAUGGACUACCUCUGUGACGUCAUCUACAUACUGGACAUGAUCAUCUUCAAGUGCCGCCUGCGCUUUACCAACGAUGGCAUCAUUGAGAGCGACCCCAAGGCAGCCAGAAAACACUACAUGAGAAAGUGGAUGUUCAAGUUUGAUGUCCUGUCGCUGGUCCCGCUAGAUUUCUUUUACUUCAUCAAAAGUGUUGGAGUCAACCCAUGGUUGCGAUUACCCCGUGUACUCAAGAUCCAGACUUAUUGGGAGUUCUAUGAACGAUGUGAUCAGGCAUCCAAAUCAUCUGCUCAUGCAAUCAGGAUUAUUAAGACAGUGUCUUACAUGCUGUUUCUGAUCCAUGUGGAGACCUGUGGCUACUAUGCCGUGUCUGUGUAUGAAGGACUGGGCACAAAUGAUUGGGUCUACAGUGGCAAGGGCAUUGCGUAUAUACGCUGCUUCUACCUUGCCACGAAGACAGCAACUUCUAUUGGCAACAACCCCACUCCAACCAACAAACUGGAAUAUAUGUUUAUGACAUUCUACUGGCUGUCUGGUGUGUUUUUGUUUGCCUUACUGAUUGGCCAGAUCCGAGACAUUGUUGAGGCAGCAACACUGGUGAAAGAUAACUACCGUAAGAAGAUGGACUCGUGUCUCUGGUACAUGCAGUCCAUCAACCUGCCAAAGGAGAUGAAGGACAGAGUUCGAGAAUGGUUUCUCUACAACUGGGAACAGCAGAAGACUAUUGAUGAGCGAUCUCUAGUUUCCUCAUUGCCAAAGAAACUGCAGACUGACCUGGCCAUCAACGUACACUUUAACACACUGUCCAAAGUUCAGCUCUUCCAAGAUUGUGAGAGAAACUUGCUGUAUGACCUCGUUCUGAAACUCAAACCCAUUCUAUACUUACCAGGAGAUUUCAUUUGUAAAAAGGGUGAAGUGGGCCGUGAGAUGUACAUAGUAACACAAGGACAAGUCGAGGUUGUUGGCGGGGAAGAUGGAGAGACAGUUCUGGCAACCUUGCAUGAAGGAAGUGUCUUUGGAGAGAUAAGUUUGCUGGCCAUGUCUGGCCGUGGGAACAGACGUACAGCAGACGUCAGAAGUAAAGGCUAUACAAAUGUCUUCACUUUGUCCAAGCACGACUUUGAGAUGGCCAUGACAGAGUACCCAGAGGCACAGGCUUUGCUGAGAAGGAGAGCAAAAAAACUGCUGAAAGCCAAUGAAAAGAUGGAGAAAAAGAAGAAAUUGGAAGCCGAAGAAAUUAUCAAAACACCCCCAGAAACUCCAAAACUGCUGCAGACUGUGAUUCAAAUCAUGGAUCCAGAUUCCAAUUUUGUGAAACACAUGAAUCCAAGUUUGAGACGUAGUCAUCGCAGCUUGAGAGCUCCUUCAAGAUCACAUAGUCAUAGACUGAGUGCCUCUGCCUCAAAUAUUCACCACUUGACUCCACCCCGCAGUCACAGUUUUAGACUGCCCAGUCAGCCUUCAAACAACCCAUCAAUGACCCAGGAUCCACCUGGACAGCAGCCAAAAGACAGUUUUGACACAGAUGAUGAUAAUGAUGAUGAUGUGUUUGAUGACAGCUCUGAUGAU